CGGCAUUGCUCCCCAUGCGCCGUACCGUACGCUAACUUUUUCUCUUCACUCUCAACUCUCAUUCUCACCCCUAUCCAUUCCCCAUUUUUACUCUUUAUCUUCUUCUUCUUCUUCCCCUGCAGAGCCUCUCUACAUUCCUGUUGAUGGACCAUUGUCUCUCCCUCCAUAAAUCCUUCGCUCUCAAAUCUCUGCCUUCUCCUCCCAAAUCCACCCCCCAUCACUGUUUUUCUUCCGAUUUCGGUGAUCGUGAUCGUUCGUCGGGGAAGCCCAGGCCCAGGCGCAGGCCCUUGGUCGUCCUUGCCGGUGCCGGAGCCAGUCACUGCGAGUUCGGUAGUCUCAAUACUCCGUUGGAGCCGAGGUCGUCGGUCGGGAAGCAUCUGAGUCGAGUCCUGCAGAAUUACAGGCAGUUGUUCCAUGUUUCCGUUGAGGAUGAGUUGAAGCGCUUGGGGGAUGAGCGUGACGCGGCUGUUGAUCGAAUGGCGCUCGCCGGUGCUUCCGAUGAAGCCUUGCUGCACAGGAGGAUUGCACAAUUAAAGGAACAGGAGUGCCAAAUAGCAGUUGAAGAUGUCAUGUACAUGCUCAUUUUCUAUAGAUUUUCGGAAAUCAGAGUUACUUUGGUACCCAAGCUCUCUAGAUGUGUUUACAAUGGAAGACUAGAAAUUUGGCCAUGCAAGGACUGGGAACUGGAGUCCAUUUAUGACUUGGAGGUCCUGGAGAUGAUUAAAGAGCAUAUAACCACUGUGAUUGGUUUGAGAGCAGAUUCGAGCGUCACGGAUAACUGGGCUAUGACGAAUAUUAGACAAGCACAUCUCGGCCGGGUUUACGUCGCUUCCAUCUUAUAUGGCUACUUCAUGAAGUCUGCUUUAUUAAGGCAUCACCUGGAGCAAAGACUAGCCAUACCAACCACACACCGUAAUGGUGGUCAGAAAACCUUCCUUCAGUUUCCAGAGAUGUGUCUCUACGGAUUCAGAAAUCUCCUUUCGGGUCGUCUCAGCAACACGCGAUCAGUGCCGCACACCCAAAUGUUGAACGGUCAGGAGACGGAGCCAGAGAAGCUAAAGCGCUUCUUGACAGGGUUCGACUCCGAGGCGCUGCAGAGAUGUGCAAAGCUGAAGUCCAAAGAAGCCUUGAAUCUGAUUGAGAACCAUAGCUGUGCAUUGUUGGGAAAUGAGGGAGCUGGUUUUUUCGAGAGCGAUGAGGUGAUAGUGACCUCAUUUUCAAGCCUGAAGAGAUUGGUUUUGGAGGCUGUUGCUUUUGGUUCUUUCCUUUGGGAUGCAGAGGAGUAUGUGGAUGCCAUAUAUAAGCUUAAGGAGAACUAAUCAGAUGCUAAAGCCAUUUCGUAGAUAUGAUUUGAAACCACUUUUCUCUGUAUAUAGGAUGAGUUGGCAGACAUCUUUCAGGAAAGUUCACCCCUGUAUAUGGAUAUAUGUAUAUAUAAUUUCUUAUGAAUCUGAGAUGAUGACGUCUCUUCUCGUAAAGCAAAUGUUACAUGUCAGUUUUUGGUAUUAAA